CCAGACGCGUCUACCGUAAAAUGUUACAAAUGUUUUUCAAAAUGUUGCUAUUAAUUUGUAGUGGCACUUCCAUAAACAUCACAACAACAUGUAAUAAUUGUGAAUUAACAAAUGCUAUUGUGAAUAUAAUUACCGACAUUUGUGGAAGUAGUGAUAAAAUUACCUCAAGUAUCAUAUUUGAGACAAAUUGCUUGAAUAAUUUCACCUUCAUGGAUACAGUUAAUAGCAUUGUACACGAAAGUUCGCAGAGUCAAAAUGUCUCACUUCAAAUUGAGAUGGAAAAUUUACGAAACAGUUCAGCUGUUUAUAACUAUAAAAAAUGCAACAUCAUUAUGAUAAGUAUUUGUAGUAGUUUUAUGGCAAUUUAUGAUGCAAUAUUGAAUGCUAGGAACGUUUUAAUGCACCACGAUCAUCCACUAGUCAUCGUUCUUUUGGACUAUCAUGAAAGUCAUAAAAUAGAAGAAAUUUUCAACAUUUUAUGGCAUGCAAACGUGUAUAAUGUGAAUGUCUUACAAAAUGACAUGACUGUUGUUACAUACUUUCCAUUUCAACGGCAUUACUGCAGUGACACAACUCCAGUGACUAUCAAUCGAUUUUUUAAUGGACAUUUUAUGAAUUCUACAUUAGACUUUUUUCCCAACAAGUUUAAAGAUCUCCAGAACUGUCCAAUUAAUAUUGCAACCGCAAAUGAUGCACAGCCAUACAUAUUUGUGAAACAAGUAGCUAAUGGAAGUUACAGCGUUCAUGGAAGAGACAUGACGCUCCUUAAAACAAUUGCGGGUGCAUUAAAUUUUCAAAUUCAUUUCACUUAUAUUGGAAAGGAAGGAGUGCUCUAUGAGAACGGAACAGCUUCAGGUGCUCUAGAAACACUCCUUAAUGGCUCAACUGACCUAGCGAUCGCUGACCUGUGGCUGAAAGCAAAUCGUUUAAAGUUCAUUGAUGCAACAUCCUCAUACAUAGUCCAAACAAUCGCAUUUGUCAUUCCACCGGGCGCAAAUUUCAAUUCAUUUGAAAAGUACGGAAAGCCAUUGGACAAUUACACAUGGAUUUUAUUAUUGACCACAAUAGCUAUAGCAUUUAUCAUCAUCUAUAAAGUCAAGAAAAUGUCACAAUAUGCACAACACUUUAUGUUUGGAAAAGGUGUCAGUGACCCGUACUUGAAUGUAUUAACUGCCGUUGUCGGUGGCUCACAGCCAGUCUUGCCUGGGAAGAAUUUUUCAAGAUAUCUCCUCAUGAUGUUCCUUUUGUUCUGUUUAGUAAUGAGAACAAUUUAUCAAGGUUCACUUUAUCGCUUUUUGCAAAAAACAAUACGUCAUAAGGAAGCACAAUCGAUAAACGAGAUGAUAGAACGUGACUACAAGUUCUAUAUUGUGCCAUCAAUUCUUGACUUGGUUGAAGGUCAACCCAGGAUUUAUGAGAGACGAGUCUUAAUGGAUUUGGAAAAACGAAAUCUUCUUUACAAUAAGUCAUUUGAUCCAUCAUUCAAAGGAGUAUUUCUACGCUCGCUGACUGGCGUUCUUUAUUCCAACCAAAAAAAUUACAACACAUCCGUCUUUAUGAUCUGUAAAGAGAAAUUCUUGACUCUUCCGGUUGUUAUUUACGUUCGUAAAGGAUUUUACUUACUUGAACAAUUAAAUGAAAAAAUUGAGCAACUUCAAGCAGCCGGUCUGAUUGAAUAUUGGCAUUCAGAGAUAUUUGAUGAAAGAUAUUUGAAUAUCAAAGAGUCGGAUGAACCGAAACCAAUAAAAAUUGAACAUCUUACCGGUGGAUUCAUAAUACUUUUUAUUGGAUGCUUGAUUGCUGCUUGUGCUUUUAUUUGUGAAAUUAUUCGUAAAAAAUUAUUUACGUCUACUUUGUAA